AUGAGUAUAUUAUUUUUUUUAACAUACACGUUACUUCUUACUCUUUUUCCAAAAGGAAUAAAAUGUGAGUAUGCAUCCGACAAUAGGGUAUUUUUAAAGUACAAAGACUCAUAUUGCCUAUAUGCCAAAAAUAUUAUAGAGAAUAACAAAUUUGAAGUAGCUUCUGAUGAAUGCGACAAGUUGGUUCACGGAAGUGAGGGCAAAAUCAUCUGGAUGUCCUCGAACAAUGGAAGACUGAAAACUCAAAAUGGACUAUGCCUAAAAACAUACAAAAACUUUUUAGUAGUUUCGACGUGCUCUCCUGAAUUAAACGAAAAGUCAGAAAUGUGGAAAGUAGACUCUGAAAAACGACUAAAAAAUGAGAAUAACAGUUGUGCUCAAAUAUCUGGGAAUAACUUAUUUUCCUUCACUUGCAAUACUUUAUCAACAAAGGAAUUCUCAAUUAAUGUCUUUUCUCUGGAUGAAUUGAACUUCAUGAAAGUAAAAUAUGCACACAAAAAGUUACAAAAUGUGAAUAAAGAAAGUUUAGAAAAUUCUAACACUAAAUCGGAGUUAUUAAUUCAUAGCUAUAAUGAAGCAGAAAAAAAAAUAAAUGAAUUUUUAAAAAAAGAGAAGGAAAUGAAAAAGGAAAAAGAAAAAAUCAUAAACUUAAUGAAUAAUAUAAAAUUACUUAUAAACACAUCUUCUUCAUUAAAAAAUUAUGGAACAGGCGCUUUAAUGAAAAUAUAUGAUAAUAUAGAUAUAAAUAAAAAGGAUAAUUUAUUGAGAGUGCCAUUAGAAACGUUACAAGUUAAUGAAGAAAAAUUAAAUGAACUAGGAAUUGAAAAUGGACAAAUCAAAAUCAUUAUUCAAAGCUUUCUCAACCCUCCAAAUGACUGUAACUAUACAUUUGUUGUAAAGAAUGUAGUAGGAAAUUUUAUUAUUAAAUUAGAUAAUAAAGAGAUUAUUUCCAAUAUAGACAUGCCAAAUGAAAAAAAUUUAAAAAGUUCCCUAAUUCACUUAUCCCAGAAUAAAUUGGUACCUAUAUAUAUUGAAAUAUCAUCCACAAACACACAAACAAACACACCUAUGCCAUCUUUCACUCUAUUUUGGAGCAGCAAAUACAUACCUGAACAAGUUAUAAAAUCCCUAUACUUGUACACCACUAUAUAUGAAAAGGUUUGUUACACUACCUUUCAGAAAAAAAUAAAUUGCUCAAUGACCUUUGGGAGUAUAGCUAGCGAAAAUGGGGAGUUUCAAUAUUUGUGUCCUUCCGAAUGCUCUGAAAAAGACUCCCAAGAUCGUAGCCAGAAAAAUAUCCCAACUGAAGAAAUUCAUUCGAAUGACGAUGUUUCAUCUUCAAUUGUAGAGGCAUUCCCCUGUUAUCAAUUAAAUGCAAGCAUAUGUGCCUCUGCAAUGAAGGAACAGUUGCUUCCACAGGAAAGUGGAGGUGUAAUAAAAGUAAUGAUAAAAAAAAGAAGAAACGAAAAAGGUAUUUAUGAAGAAUGUGGUAUGAUUCUACCAACAAACAUGGAAGACAACACAUUUAAAGGAAUUACAGAUAUAAAGUUGGUAGAUAUGGACGACUUUUUUCUGAACUAUGAUACGAACAGAAGUCUGUAUGAAGGAUACAAAGGAAUUGUAACAGAUGAUAAACAUUCCCUUUUGACAAAAACAGAUUUAUCUAAAAGAUAUAUUUCAGAUAUUGAUAUCAACUGUAACUACAAUUUACGAGAAAAUUAUGAAUUCAGUUCAGGAGCAUUUAUUGUAAAACGAAUCAAAAGUUCUGAUUUAAAAAGAAAAGAACAAAGCAUCGUUGUUGAUGCAUUUGCACUAUUUGAAAAAUACUCAAAUAAAGACCAAAAAAAUUCUAUUAAUAUACCUGGAUGGACUAGAAAAACUUGCAAAGAUAUUCAGCUCUACGUAAACUACAAACAACCCAAUGACAUAAUGAACUACCCAUCUUUGUUACUCUCCUGUGAUGAUACAUUUGAACAAAUUAAUUUUGACAACAAUGAUGUUAUUGUUGCACGAUGUUUGCCUCAAUGUCUUCAUAAUGAAGAAAAAGUUUUAGGUUCUUACAUUUACGCUCCUCAAUCGCCUGUGUGCAAAUCUUCUAUACAUUCUGGUAUUAUAACAAAUAAAGGAGGAGGGUUAAUAGAAAUAAGAAAAUUGCAAUACAUUACCCAGUCUUUUACUAGUACACUUACAGUAACAAGAAAUAGCGUUCAAGCAACUGUCAGUGAUCAUAAAAAUAAAGAUUCUUAUUACAUAACUAAACCGAAUGGUUCUAUUUGUAAUUUUCCUAGAACGUCUUACAACAUCAAUGAAUCUCUAAAUUCCGAUACGAAUGAAGAUGCUCUCUUCUCCUUUAUUCAGUUAAAAUCAUAUCUCAAGGAUACAACCCCACCCGUGACUUUAGUUCAUCAAAAACAUGCCGCUUUGAAAAACCAACUAUAUAGCAUGCACAAUUUGUAUAACACAGAAAAUUACAGGAAAGCUUUUUUUUUGGGAAAAGAAGAAAACGAAGGGGAGCCUCACAUCACUCCAACCAAUGUCCAUACAGACCUUUCACCGCGUGAACAGCAGAUGCAUGUUUCACUGAGUGCAUAUCAUAAUGGUGCCUUGCCAAGCUCCUAUCAAAGGAAUGAUUCGAUGAACAAAAAUCAGAACCCAGAGCUUACGGACUCAUUUAAAACAUUUCAGCAAAUGUACGACACAGAAAAGGAACAUUUACAAAAAUUAGCAAAAAAACAAGAGAGCAUUUUCUCCAACUUAAUUUUAAAAAAUAAACAAAUACACAAUUUAAAUGAAACAUUAUCAUUUUUGAGGAAUGAACAAAAACAUUAUGAAUCCUUCAUCAGAACAACCAAAGCAUCAACGUUGUCUUCAAUAAAUCAGUUUGGGUUGAUCACAAGUAAGAAAAAAUUUAUCAUAGAAAAAUUAGAAAAAUCGCUAGCAAAUGUUAAGCCCAUUAAGGUAGAUAUGUUCGAAGAAAAAUACAGUUCAACAAAUGUUAACGACAACUAUAUUAUUAUUGAUAGUAAAAAUAUGAAUGGGUCAUCUAAGUGGACUAUCGAAAAAUUCACGAAAGGAAAUCUAUUUGCAUCUAUCACAAAUGACAAUUUUAUACAAUCAAAUGAAGAAUUAUAUGCUUCUUAUAUGCUCUAUAAACAUACCAAAUUGUAUAAAGGUUUCAUUUCAUCUGAUAUUAACAUACCUUAUGAUGGAAAUGUAGGCAUCAUAAUUAAAUACAAAGAUCAUAAUAAUUAUUCCAAUUUUGUGAUAAACAAAAAUGAGUUCUAUUUUGUUGAAAUUAUAGAUGGGAAAAGAAGCAAAGAAGUUCAGAAAAGACAAAUAAAAAAUUUGUCUCAUCAGCUGGGGGCAUGGGUAAAGCUUUUUGUUGAAUUUGGUUAUAAAAAUGUUAGAACCUAUAUAAACGGAAAAUACGUAAGCGGAUUUGAAACAAAGAAUGAUUCAUACGGAUUCGUAGGUUUUGGAAUAAACAAUUGCAAAGAAAAAAUAUUUUUUGAUAAAGUUGUGAUAGGCUCUCUAGAUCAAGCCAAAUAUUACAAAAAAACUAAAAAAUCAAUCGGGAUUUUAACUACUAAUGGUGUAAAUUAUUUCCAUCAAAAAGAACAAAAAAAUCCUUUAAAUAAAAAUUCACUGGAUGAAAAAAAAGAAAAUAUUUCUUCCCCAAAUGAGUGUAAAAUAUACACAGAAAUGUGUAUGGAUCCAUUAGAAACUAACUGGAUUAUACCUCUAAAUUCUUCUUGGAAUAUUCUCAAAAAUUUCAAUUUAAGCUCAAUUUGGAAAAAUAACAAAGCCGUAGAAGAAGCACAAAAUAUUCAUAAAUAUGAUGCUAAUCCAAUUGAAAAAGGUAACACCAACGAAUGUUAUCUUCAUUCCAUACAGAAAAGAAAUGAAAACGGUGAUUUGCUCAUACCAUCAGUUAUACUUUUAAAGCAUCAAAAUUUAUGCCCUAGCAUGAAAUCUUUUACAUUUAAAUCGUCCAUUAGUUUAAAAACUUUGACAAAGUCUGGUAUCAUUUUCAACGUUUUAUCAUCUCAAGAUUUCUUAUCUUUGAUAUUGGAUAUUUCAGAGAUCGGUGGAAAAAUAUAUCUUCUCAAAAUUACCAAUGGAAUUCCUUACCAUCUAAAUGCACCAACGUACAUACCAAUAACCCCCGAUGUAUGGUACAAUUUAAAGAUGUCUUACAACGGUACACAUAUCCACAUAACCUUAAAUGAUGAACCGCUUGUCACUGCAAAACUCAAUGAGUACAGUAGCAAAUUGGGUAAUGUUGGAUUGAUGGUCUUAAGUGGAGAAUCGAAAUUUAAGGACAUUUCCUUUGUUCCCCAAUCGACAUUUGAAAAUUUGAGAAAAUGA